AUGGGGUUGGGGGAGCCCCACGACAGGGUGCGGGGCCCGUGGAGGUCGUGGCUGGCGUGGCCCCGUGCGAUUAUUGUUCGUGGCUGGUUGUUCCCUCUCCCUAGUCCCUUCCCGCGUGUUUUCAGUGGUGGCCUUGCUCAGUUGCCACUCCAGCGAUUUCCUGCAACAGAGGGGCAUUCUGUCCACGCAGGGUGCAGAAAUGGCCGAGUUGGGUGCGCUUGUGCUGGGAUUUGUGCCCCGUUGCCAGUUAUGGUCUUGCGGAUAAUGAUGGGAACAGAGUGUAUCAUGGCCACACUCAGCGGGGAUCCUGAACCCUCAAUUCCUCCUGGAUUCGGACCUUUCGUUGCCCUCGCAUUACAGGGCAUCCAAAACAAUGUCAAACCAGGUGAUGCUCAUUCUAGUUCUGCUCAAGCAGCGCAGUGCAUGGAGAAAGAUGUCGAAAUUCUGGAACAUGGUUCGGCACAUGGCCGGAGUAGCACUCCUGCUAGUACUUCUGGGACCCAUAGUUGCAGGAGGUCACUUCGUAACAGGCCUCCAAUAGACUAUAGCCAGUUCGACCUUAUCUCGGAUGAAGAAUCGGAUGUUGAAUCAGCAGAAAAGGGAGUGGGAUCAGUGAGACGCAGACGACAAUUACCGAAAGGAGUACUUCGGGGAUGUGCAGAAUGUGCUGAUUGUCAAAAGGUUGUUGCAAGAUGGAAUCCAUCUGGUGCAAGGAGGCCUGUUCUUGAGGAAGCUCCUGUUUUCUAUCCGUCCGAAGAGGAAUUCAAGGAUACCUUAAAAUACAUUGAGAGUAUACGGUCUAUGGCAGAACCAUAUGGAAUUUGUCGUAUUGUCCCACCACCUUCAUGGAAACCUCCAUGCCUUCUUAAAGGGAAGAACAUAUGGGAAUGCUCAAAAUUUUCUACUCGGGUCCAGAAGGUUGACAAGCUCCAAAACCGUAAAUCAUCCAAGAAGACCAGAAGAGGUGGGAUGAUGAAGAAGCGGAGAAAGCUUUUAGAGCUGGAAGAUAACAGUAACAUUAUUCACAAUCAAACUGGGAUGCAGCAAAACCAAGAGAGGUUUGGAUUUGAACCUGGACCUGAGUUCACACUUCGGACAUUUAAGAAGUACGCGGAUGACUUCAGUGAACAGUAUUUUAAGAAAGAAGUGUCUGGGGACUCAUUGCCAUCAGUCGAAGACAUUGAAGGCGAGUAUUGGCGCAUAGUCGAAAAGCCUACUGAAGAGAUAGAGGUAGUAUAUGGUGCCGAUUUGGAGACUGGAACUUUUGGUAGUGGCUUCCCAAAGUUUUCUCCCGAAGUAAAAUCUGAUGUUGAGCAUAAGUAUGCAGAGUCUGGUUGGAAUCUAAACAACUUGCCUAGACUACAAGGUUCGGUUCUAUCUUUUGAGGGUGGUGACAUCUCUGGUGUUUUGGUACCUUGGGUGUAUGUUGGAAUGUGCUUUUCAUCAUUCUGCUGGCAUGUUGAAGACCAUCAUUUGUACUCACUGAACUACAUGCAUUGGGGUGCUCCAAAGAUGUGGUAUGGAGUUCCAGGAAAGGAUGCUGUGAAUUUGGAGGCUGCAAUGAGGAAACAUCUACCUGACUUGUUUGAGGAACAACCUGAUUUGCUUCACAACCUGGUUACUCAAUUUUCACCAUCAUUGCUUAAAUCUGAAGGAGUACCAGUCUACCGAUGUGUUCAGCAUGAGGGAGAGUUUGUCCUAACAUUCCCACGGGCAUACCAUGCUGGUUUCAAUUGUGGCUUCAAUUGUGCAGAAGCUGUUAAUGUGGCACCGAUAGAUUGGUUACCAAUUGGACAGGAUGCGGUCGAGCUUUAUCGUAAGCAAGCUCGUAAAAUUACUGUUUCCCAUGAUAAGCUGUUGCUUGGGGCGGCAAGAGAAGCAACAAGAGCUCAGUGGGAUAUCCUGUUCCUCAAGAGAAAUACUGCUGAUAACUUGAGGUGGAAAAGCAUGUGUGGACUUGACAGCACCAUAUGCAAAUCGCUUAAGGCAAGAAUCGAUAUGGAGUUGGUGCAAAGACAAAAUAUAUGCUCUCCUUCUCAAUCUAGAAAAAUGGAUGCUGAAUUUGAUUCUACUGAAAGGGAGUGUGCAUUGUGCUAUUAUGAUCUGCAUCUUUCUGCUUCUGGCUGUUCAUGUUGCCCAGAGAAAUAUACUUGCCUUGUACAUGCAAGGCAGCUUUGUUCAUGUGACUGGGAUAAAAGAUUUUUCCUAUUCCGUUAUGAUGUCAAUGAGCUAAAUCUGCUAGCUGAUGCUUUAGGUGGUAAGUUAAGUGCAAUUCACAGAUGGGGUGUCGCUCAUCUUGGAUUAAGUUUGAGCUCAUGUGUCAAACGAGAAAAAGACCAAGAUUCAAAGACUCUUCGCAGAGUAACUGAUGGCCCCAGAAGGCCCUACAUGUCUCAGGCGUCAACAGUAUCAUUGGCACCUUCGUUGGUUUCCAAUGAACAGAACAACAAUGGAAAUAAGAUGCUGGACACAUCUAGUUUGGAAACGGAUACUUCUGGCCCUUUUUCCGAGCAAAUAAAAUCUGGAAAUGUUUCACUACAAAAGGAGACACACAUGAGGAAUGAGGUAUCGUGUACGCUAAACAACAGUGUCAGUCCUGAAGGCCACAAAGGCUCACAAAACUUUCCAGUUCCUUCUGGUCAGUCAUUUUCUUCCAAUUUUGUGACAAGGUCCUUAGGUACUUCAGGUGAAUCUAUGAAAAAUGCAUAUGGCUUGGCAGUAUUUGAAGGGAGUAGAGAAUCUUCUCGAUCUGGAGACUGUAUAUCUUCACUUGGUGUGCAUCAUAACAUACCACCAAUAAUGGUUGAUCAAGGAAGCAACAUGAAUCCUAGUAUGGAAAGCUCAAAUAAUUCACAUAGGUUGAUGGCAUCUAACACUAAUGCAACUCAGUGUCACUCUUACAACGACCAAAUGCACGUAACACCAGAGACUAGGGCUUGUGCUUCAUCAAGUCAGCCCUUUGUGAGAACUGUUUUAAGAGCACAAAGUGUAUCUCAGGAAGCAUCAGCUGGUGUCUUUGCUUCAAAGCCUCUCAUAAAUUCUUCACUUGUGAAAAAUACAUAUGGGGGUUUAAGUUCAUGUGGUGCCCAUCUUGGGCAUCCAAAUUUUGGUAACCAGCAACCAAGUGAUGGAUGCCUUCAAAGAAAAUCUGAAUCUUUAUGUGGUUCAGAAGCUAGGGGGCAUCCAGUUUCAGUGGUGCAACCUUCUCUAGAAAAUCAUAAUAGGAAUGGAGGUGCACACAAGGGCCCUCGGAUAGCCAACGUCGUGCAUCGAUUCAAGAGCUUAGUUGAACCUUUGGAAAUUGGUAUUGUGCUAUCUGGGAGGUUGUGGUCCUCAAGCCAAGCAAUCUUCCCAAAAGGGUUCAGGAGCAGAGUAAAAUACUUCAGCAUCGUGGAUCCAACACAAAUGGCAUACUACAUAUCUGAAAUAUUAGACGCCGGACCGCAGGGACCUCUAUUUAUGGUGACUCUGGAAAACUGUCCAGGUGAACUUUUUAUCAACGUCUCUCCUACCAAGUGCUGGAGCAUGGUCCGUGAGAGGCUGAAUAUGGAAAUACGGAGGCAACUCAGUAUGGGAAGAACUAAUCUUCCUGCACUACAGCCACCAGGAUCAGUUGAUGGUUUUGAAAUGUUUGGGUUGCUGUCACCGGCAAUAGUUCAGGCAAUCGAGGCACGGGACAGAGAUCACAUCUGGUCCCAUGUUGUCACUGAAGAUCGUGAUAGUCGGCCGAUGGCGCCAUCUCAGGCUCAGGGUCCACUGCAUGCACUGAGGGAGCUGUUCCAGCGAGCCAACCGCAAUGAGCUGCUAGCCCUACGGAGUCUACUGGUGAGCAACAGCAGUCUGGACGACUUCUCCAGGCGGCAGGCUGCCCAAAUCCUCGACGAGGAGAUGGCCAAGCAGUGGCGCUGA